UCCGUCAACGCGACAUCCAUCAUGCAGUCGCAGCACGAGGUCUCUGAAGCGGCGCCAAAGCUGGUCAACCGCCUCUCACAAAGCAGUUCGCCCUAUGUUCGGGGACAUAUGAAUAACCCAGUGGCGUGGCAACUCUGGGAUGCCGAGUCUAUCGCGCUUGCUCGGAGGUAUAAUCGGAUGAUAUUCCUGAGUAUUGGAUACUCGGCUUGUCAUUGGUGCCAUGUCAUGGAGAAGGAGUCCUUCAUGUCUCCAGAAGUUGCUGCAAUUCUCAACGAAUCUUUUAUUCCUAUCAAAGUUGACCGCGAAGAGCGUCCGGAUAUCGACGAUGUCUAUAUGAACUAUGUCCAGGCCACUACCGGCGCUGGUGGUUGGCCUUUGAACGUUUUCUUGACCCCCAAUUUGGAGCCUGUCUUCGGAGGCACGUACUGGCCUGGUCCCAACUCGACGACUUUGCAGGGCCCGGGAACUACCGGAUUUGUUGAGAUUCUGGAGAAGCUGAGGGAUGUGUGGCAGACUCAGCAGCAACGCUGCUUGGAUAGUGCCAAAGACAUCACCGCCCAACUGCGGGAGUUUGCUGAAGAGGGAACGCACUCACAGCAUGGGACCCGUGAGGAUGAUGAGGACCUGGACAUUGAGCUCUUGGAAGAGGCUUAUCAGCACUUCUCAUCGCGAUACGACUCUAUCAACGGUGGAUUUGGUCGCGCGCCUAAAUUUCCUACUCCUUCCAACCUCAGCUUCCUGCUUCGACUUGGUGCAUACCCGAAGGAAGUCACCGAUGUCGUGGGACAAGAUGAGUGUGAAAAAGCGACUGCUAUGGCGGUGACAACAUUGGUGAACAUGGCCCGUGGUGGCAUUCGGGAUCAUAUUGGACAUGGCUUCUUUCGGUACAGUGUUACGACUGACUGGGGCUUGCCACAUUUUGAAAAGAUGCUGCAUGACCAGGCACAACUCCUGGAUGUCUAUGUGGAUGCCUUCCGCUUGACUCAUGAUCCCGAGCUUUUGGGUGCUGUCUACGACUUGGCUGCCUAUCUGACGACUGAACCGCUGCAAUCCCCUACUGGAGGUUUCUUUUCAUCCGAGGACGCAGACAGCUUCCCCAGCCCCAACGAUACGGAAAAGCGAGAAGGCGCUUUCUAUGUGUGGUCUCUGAAAGAACUUACCCAAGUCCUGGGGACGCGCGAUGCUCCUGUGUGUGCUCGCCAUUGGGGCGUCCUGCCUGAUGGAAACAUCGCAGCUGAGUACGACCCCCACGACGAAUUUAUGAACCAGAAUGUGUUAUCUGUUCGCGCCACCCCGAGCAAACUCGCCAAGGAAUUCGGAUUGAGUGAAGAGGAGGUGGUUAAGAUCAUCAAGGGUGGAAAACAAAAGCUGCAUGACUACCGUGAAAGGACCCGAGGCCGACCGGACCUAGACGACAAAAUCAUCGUGGCCUGGAAUGGACUGGCGAUCGGCGCACUGGCCAAGUGCAGCGUUCUGUUUGAGGAAAUCGAGAGCUCCAAGGCGGUCCAGUGUCGUGAGGCUGCUGCACGUGCGAUUGGCUUCAUCAAGGAGAAUCUCUUCGAGAAGACCACGGGCAAGUUGUGGCGUAUCUGGCGCGAUGGCAGUCGUGGUGAUACUCCCGGCUUCGCUGAUGACUACGCGUUCCUGAUCAGCGGUCUGCUGGACAUGUACGAGGCUACCUUUGAUGACAGCUAUCUUCAAUUCGCCGAGCGCCUUCAAAAAUACCUCAACGAAUAUUUCCUAGCCAGGACUGGAUCUACACCCGCCGGCUACUAUAACACACCGUCAAGUAUGACCCCUGGCAUGCCACCCCCACUUCUCCGACUGAAGACCGGUACCGAGUCGGCAACACCCUCAGUCAACGGCAUGAUUGCUCGCAACCUGUUGGGACUGUCAGCUCUGCUGGAGGAAGGGGAAUACCGGACACUGGCCCGACAGACAUGCAACUCCUUUGCGGUGGAGAUCAUGCAGCACCCAUUCCUCUUCGUCGGGCUACUGGAUGUCAUCGUGGGUCUACAAAUUGGCACGAGCACCGUGACCGGUGUCUUUUGCACAGCGGAAAUUACCAACUCAACUCUAUUAAGUGGCGAAACCCUCGUCAGCCGACAAAACCAACCGGUCUCGGCACGCGAUCUCGUCGUGCAAAAAGUACGAGCAAAGACCGGGUCCAGAAUCUCUUCCUCGAUUGUUGUGGCGUCGCUUGUCGAUAUUCGCCCAUCCCAUCUGAAGGACUUUGUGGGGAAUCAGUCAUUCUGGUUGAAAUCGCGGAACCCACUCUUCAAGGAUCUCAAAGCCGGCGACCCAGCCAAGAACUACCUGAUGGUUUGUGAGAUGGGACGGUGCAGAACCGUGGAUCUAUAG